AUGAAUCGAAGUAUAUCAAAUGUUCGACGUAAAGAUGAUUUGGAUGAAUAUUGGUUUGAAAAAAUUGCUGUUACAACAAAGACUGCUGAAGAAAUUCGUGAACAUACAAUUCCAGAAGAUCUAUCACCUGUCGAGAAAACAUUAGCUAUGCUUGAUUCUCGAUCUGAUAUUCAACGUGUUGCUGGUAUUCGUUCUAUUCCAUCUGUAAUUAUUUCUGAUAGAAAUGAAACAUUCCAUCGUUUGUUACCUAAAUUUAAGUUAAUUAUUGAACAAACAGUUGAUAGUGGAGAACAUACAGUAGCAGCAGAAACAAUUGUUUCCAUGAUACAACAACAAUCAUUAUCUUAUACAGAAUUUAUGUCAUUAUUUUCACAAAUGAUCUGUGCACUUGUAUUUCCGACUACAACGAAUCGUUUUUCAUUAGAUUUUGGUGAUAUAUGGUGCCAAGGAUUAUGUAAUAUAAUUGAUGCCUUUCCAAAUACAACUUCAUUUACUACGUUACUUGAUUUAAUCUUUAAUAAUAGUUUACAUGGUUCAUAUGUUCGAGAUCGAUUGGCAAUAAUUUUAGCUAAAUUAUCAUGUCGAUUGAGUUCACAAACCAUUGAAAAUCGUUUGUUGCCUGUAUUCAAAAAUUUUAUCAAUGAUACUAAUGCUGAUAUUCGUGCACUUGCUUGUCAAAAAUUACCGAUUCUUGCUCAAUCAUAUAAUCAAAUGUUAAAUUUGAUAUUACCAUUACUUGUUAUAUUAUCAAAAGAUGAUAAUUUAACUGUACGUCAAACAUGUUUUGAAUCAUUACUUGAUCUUAGUAAGAAUUUAAAUGAUUCGAGAUCGAUUGAACAAGUUAAUAACAUGAUUAUUUCACUUAUCAAAUUUGGUAUAUCAUCAAGAACAUCGAAGUUUGUUACAACAAUUGCAUUACGUCUUUCUGAUUUGUGUCAUGCAUUGACUAUUUUUCAAAUUGAUGAAUGUAAAUUUAUUUAUGAAAUAUUUUUACGAUUAAGUCAAGAAAAAAAUUAUCCAGAGUGUCGAUUAGCUUGUGCAAAACAUUUUUCGUCAAUUAUUGAUUAUCUUGGUCAUGAUGAAUUAGCAAAUGAAUUAGAAAAAUUAUUUUCUGAUUUAUGUAAUGAUAAAGAUACAAAAAUUUGUUCAACUAUGCUAUCAACAAUAAUUAAUCUUACAAAAUUAUAUAAUAAUAAUAAUAAAGAUAAGAAAUAUAUGUCGAUAAUAUGGAGUGGUUUUUUAUCUUUAUUAAAUAAUUCAAAUUAUAAUGUUAUGAUUGCAAUAGCAACAAAUUUAUUAAAUAUUUUUAUUACAUUUUCAAGAGAUCAAAAUGAAGGUUUUUUAUAUGGAUCAAUUUGUUCAAUACCAGCAAUUCCUGAUUCAGAAAUAUUUAUAAAUCAACUUUUGGAAUAUGAACGACGAAUAUUUGAAAAUACAUUAUCAUGGCGUUCAUGUAUAUUAUGUCUUCAAGCAUUUGUUCAGUUACCAUAUUUAUUAUCAAGUGAACAAAUUCAAACAAAAAUUUUACCACGUAUUUUUUCACGUAUAUAUAGUAAACAAGUUUGUGUACGUGAAACAGCUGUUGAUAGUUAUAUACAAUUAUUAAGAAAAAUUCCACGACGAUCAAUAAGAAAAAAUGCAUUUCAAAAAUUAAAAACUGAGCUCUUAUUAAAUAAAUCAUAUCAAUGGCGUAUUAUGUAUAUAAGAGUAUGUCGACAAAUACUUGUUCAUUAUUCGAAACGAUUUUUUAAAGAAAAUUUUCUUGAUACAAUUCUUUCAAUUGAAUAUGAUCCUGUUUUAAGUGUUCGAAUUCAAUUAGUCCCAUUACUAGUUGAAAUAAAAUCUAUUCUUCGUUUACCAGCUGAUCGUCAACCAAUAUCAAAAAUUGAAACAAUGAUGGGAUAUUUUCUUGCUGAUAAAACAUUAACAUUACAUGAUCUUGCAAAUAAUGGUCUUCUACAAUUAGAUCAAAUACGUUCAUAUAAUACAGCAUCAAUAUUUUCAAAUCAUUCAUCCGAUGAUAAUAACGAUAAGAAAAAAGAAAACGAAGAAUAUUUUCUUGAUGAAAUAGAUGCAUCAACACGUCGUUCAUUAAAUAAAUCAAAUGAUCAAUAUUCAAUAUCAAAACGACUUACAGAUACAUCAAUAUCACAAAAACAAACAACAUCAUUACGAAGUGCACAAUUAUUAAAAACAUCUUCUGAUAUACUUCAACGAAAAUCAUCAUUACCUUCAGAUACAAAUCAUGAAAUGCAAGAUCGCAAAAUUUCUUUAACAAAACAACGACGUCGACAAACAUUAGCUGACAAUACAGUGUCAACAACGUCAUCAUCACGAUUAUCUAAUCAAACGCCAACAAAGAAAAAUUCCAAAGGCAAGAACAUUUGA